AUGGAGGAUGAUGCAGCUGCAUUUUUUCAAAUCUGCCACAAGUGUCAAAUUCAUGGGAACCUUGUUCACGCACCUUCCAAUCCUUUACACUCAAUAAGCAGUCCAUGGCCAUUUUACAGUUGGGGACUUGACAUUAUUGGAAAGAUCAAUCCGCCAUCAUCGAAGAAGCACGAGUAUAUCAUAACCGCGACAGAGUACUUCACCAAAUGGGUUGUAUCUAUCCCUCUACGGGGGAAUACGGGAGCAACGGUUGCAUCUUUCAUUAAGGAGUACAUCAUCUGUCGCUUUGGCGUGCCUAAGCAUAUCAUCACUGAUAACGGCACACCCUUUUCCAACAAACAGGUACGAGAGUUGCUUGAAGAAUAUGGAAUUAAACAGGUCUUCUCCACCAUCUACUAUCCUCAAGGGAAUGUGAAGGCUGACAGCACCAACAAAAACUUAAUUCGGAUUCUCAAUCGAACAAUACACGACAAUCCCAGAGAGUGGCACGAACAGCUGUCGAUGGCGCUAUGGGCGUAUCGGACGGCACCUAGAAGCUCCAUUGGGGUUUCUCCGUAUUCACUUGUUUACGGUGCAGAUGCGAUCCUCCCGGAAGAAAUCAAAAUUUCAUCAGCCAGAAUUGUAGCAGCAAGUGGGGUCCACUGGAACGAGGCUGAAGCAUCUAACUCAAGAAUCGCUGAGUUAGACACUUUUGAGUCCAGAAGAAGCAAGGCAUAG